AUGUCAGUCAACAUCACCGCUCCAGCCACUUCUUGGCAAGUCAGCCAUGGCGACCAGGCAUGGCAGUUGACUGCUGCCACCUUCGUCGCACUCCAGUCCAUGCCUGGCCUCGUGAUGAUUUACGCCGGCCUCAGCAAGUCCAAGUGGGCCAUCAACUCGGCCUUCAUGGGCAUCUACGGAUUCGCCGCCACCCUUCUCGUCUGGGUCCUGUACGCUUACUCGAUGAGCUUCGGCGAUGAGUGGAUCCCCAUCUGCGGGAUCCCGAUGCCCGUCUUGAGCAUGGGCCGUAUGCUCUCCCAGAGCAAGAUUCCGGCGACCCAGACACAGCAGUCAUUCAACCUUACAACCACCGUCUACUACCAGUUCUGCUUCGCUGCCAUCACCGUGAUCAUCAUCGCUGGCUCCCUCCUGGGCCGCAUGACCUUUCUCUCAUGGGCCAUCUUCGUCCCUCUCUACGUCUCCCUCACCUACACCGUUGGCGCGUUCAGUAUCUGGGGUGGCGGGUUCCUUGAAGACCUCGGGGUGCUGGACUACUGUGGCGGCUACGUGAUCCACGUCGCGUCCGGCACUGCGGGAUUCGUGGCCGCGGCGCUAGUCGGUCCGCGCCACCCUACCGACCGCGCAGACCACCGGCCCAGCAACCUCUCAUUCGUCAUCAUCGGCGCGUGUAUCCUCGCGAUCGGCUGGACCGGCUUCAAUGGCGGCGGUGCCUACACAGCCAACGCCAACGCAAGUGUGGCAGUGCUCAACACGUACAUCUGCUGGACGGUCUCGGUCCUCUCGUGGAUGUUUUGUGACGUGCUGUAUUACGGGAAACCGGGAAUCCUCGGGGCCGUGCAAGCCAUGAUCACUGGCCUAGUGGUGGUUACUCCGGGCGCGGGCUUUGUCCCAGGCUGGGCCGCCAUCGUCAUGGGUAUCCUCGCUGGUGGAGUGCCCUGGGUCACGCUCAACCUCCUCGGUCGCUUUCCGCCCCUCUGCUACGUUGACGACACCCUAGGCGGCGUCCACACGCAUCUCCUCGCCGGCAUCAUCGGCGGCCUGUCCACUGGGGUUUUCGCGACUCGCGAGGGUGUGGAGAGCUUCGGCUUGACUCGAGCCGCUGGAGGUGCCAUCGAAGGCAACUGGCGCCAGCUUUGGAUUCAAGCCGUCGGCUUCCUUUUCAUCAUCGCCUGGAAUGCUGUGUGGACCUCGUUGAUCCUUAUUUUCAUCCGCGUCGUGUGUCGCGUCCCUCUCCGCAUGACCGAGAACACGCUCCUCGUCGGUGACGAAGCCGCACACGGCGAGUCGGCAUACCACAUGGACCUCCCGCCCCUCACGCAGCAAAACGUGUACGAGGUGGACCACUACGCCAAGUCGAUGGUCACCACGACCGCAAGCGUUAGCCGGCCCUCGUUCAACCAGCCGGAUGUCACUCCGGUGUAA